AUGUGGCGAAGUGCGGGGCUGAGAUGUUAUGCUCCCCUCUAUCGUGGUACUGCGGCGCGCCCCAGUUCAGUAGUGCCGUCAUCAAAUUCCUUCCGAUACGCCGACGCGUCAUUUGCUACCGAAGCCACCUCGGCUCGUCUCCAAUGGCGAAUGCUCCCAAACUCAACUUCGAUUUUCUCACCAGAAAACCCUAUUCCCCUCCUUAUUGGGCCUCCCACCUCUCCAACGUUCCCUCUCAUGUGUUCUCCCUCGGCCAUUUUCCUACGCCAAUCCACAAAUGGAACCUCCUCAAUUUGCCCAAGGACACCGAAGUGUGGCUAAAGCGUGAUGACCUUUCAGGCAUGCAGUUGAGUGGUAACAAAGUCAGAAAACUGGAAUUCUUGAUGGCUGAUGCCGUGGUUCAGGGUGCAGACUGUAUUGUAACAAUUGGUGGCAUACAAAGCAACCACUGUCGUGCAACUGCUGUGGCAGCAAAGUAUUUGAAUCUUGAUUGUUAUCUUAUACUUCGCACCUCUAAGGCUCUUGUUGACAGAGAUCCUGGAUUGACAGGCAAUCUGCUGGUAGAACGUCUUGUUGGAGCUCAUGUUGAGCUUGUUUCAAAAGAAGAGUAUUCAAAAAUUGGUAGUGUGACUCUCACUAACCUACUUAAGGAGAAGUUGGAAAAUGAAGGGCGAAAGCCGUAUGUCAUUCCUGUUGGUGGAUCGGAUUCUCUAGGAACCUGGGGCUAUAUUGAAGCUAUAAGGGAAAUUGAGCAACAACUUCUGCCAGGGACUAGCGAAAUAGCUUUUGAUGACAUAGUUGUGGCAUGCGGCAGUGGAGGUACUAUUGCUGGUUUGUCAUUGGGCUCAUGGCUAAGCAAGUUGAAGGCAAAAAUUCAUGCAUUUUCUGUUUGUGAUGAUCCCAAUUACUUCUAUGAGUUUGUUCAACGCCUACUUGAUGGACUCCAGGCUGGUGUUAGCUCGCGUGACAUAAUUAACAUACAAAAUGCCAAAGGUCUGGGUUAUGCAAUGAACACCAGUGAGGAGCUUAAAUUUGUUAAGGAAGUUGCAGCAGCCACAGGUGUUGUUCUCGACCCCGUUUACAGAUCUUGGAGGUAAUGAAGUUCGCUUGGAUUGAGGUAAAUGGAAAUUGAAGAAGGGACAUUUUGAAUUAGCAAACUUGAAGCCUACGAUUAAUUAUGAAGGCAACUUGUCAUGGAGAACCACUUUUUCCUAAAUCUGCAUUUUUCUUUUGUGAUGGAGUCGUGCCUGUGUGGGUGACAAGACAACACUAAGUCUUGUUUAGCUGUACUCAUCCUCCAUGGAGACGCUUGAGGAUCCAUUUAGUGGUUUAAGUAUCAUGGUACACCAGCCUUUGACCUCAACUGUAACGGUAAAGGUGUUAAACAAGCACUGAGGGUUGCUCUCAUGCCCACAGAACCAUUUUCUCCUCUUUUUAUUUCCAAAAAAUACCCUUUAUCUGGUUACAAAGCUUAAAAUGACAUUGUGUAUAUAUGAGAGGACGGGCUGACUUCUCAGCACCCUUGAAAUAGAACUCUGGGAGCUGAAGAAAUCAGAAGCUAAUCCAAUUUCUACAAAUUGCAAAGAGGAAUCAUCAUUGUCGCUUGGAAGUCUUCAUAUUAAGCAUUCUUUUCAAUAUAAUUGGUUGGCCUUUUGGUUA